CUGUUCAUCUUUGACGGCCUGGAUGAAAGCAGACUUUCACUGGAUUUCAAGAACAAUGAGGUUGUGUCUGAUGUCACCCAGAAGUCAUCAGUCAACGUGCUGUUGACAAACCUCAUCCAGGGGAAUCUGCUUCCCUCAGCUCUCGUCUGGAUAACUUCCCGACCUGCAGCGGCCAAUCAGAUCCCUCCUGCAUGUGUUGACAGGGUAACAGAAGUACGAGGCUUCACUGACGCCCAGAAGGAGGAGUACUUCAGGAGGAGAGUCAGUGAUGAAGAGCUGUCCAGCAGAAUCAUCUCACACAUCAAGACAUCCAGGAGCCUCCACAUCAUGUGUCUAAUCCCAGUCUUCUGCUGGAUCACUGCUACAGUUCUGGACCACAUGUUGACUACAGACCAGAGAGGAGAGCUGCCCAAGACCCUGACUGACAUGUACUCACACUUCCUGUUGGUUCAGACAAAGAGGAAGAAGCAGAAGUACGGUGAGGGACAUGAGACGAGUCCACAGGAGCUGACGGAGGCUGACGGGGAAGUUCUUCUGAAGCUGGGGAGGCUGGCGUUUGAACAUCUGGAGAAAGGAAACAUCAUGUUCUACCAAGAAGACCUGGAGCGGUGUGGUCUGGAUGUCACAGAGGCCUCGGUGUACUCAGGAGUUUGUACAGAGAUCUUCAAAAGAGAGUGUGUGAUCUUCCAGAAAACAGUCUACUGCUUUGUUCACCUGAGCAUUCAGGAGUUUCUGGCUGCAGUCUACAUGUUCCACUGUUACACAAACAGCAACACAGAGGUACUGAAGGACUUCCUGGGAGAAGAAUAUGUUCAUUCAACCCUGGAUGUCUUCCUGAAGAGAGCCAUGGAGAAAUCCCUUGAAAGUAAAAAUGGCCACCUGGACCUGUUUGUUCGCUUCCUUCAUGGCCUCUCUGAGUCCAACCAGAGACUCUUAGGAGGUCUGCUGGGUCAGACAGACAACAGUCCAGAAAUCAUCCAGAGAGCCAUCAACAACCUGAAGGAGAUGAACAGAUAUGGUACCUCUCCUGACAGAAGCAUCAACAUCUUCCACUGUCUGACGGAGAUGAACGACCACUCGGUACAUCAGGACAUCCAAGAGUUCCUGAAGUCAGAGAACAGAUCAGAGAAGAAACUCUCUGUGAUCCACUGCUCAGCUCUGGCCUACAUGCUGCAGAUGUCAGAGGAGGUUCUGGAUGAGUUGGACCUGAAGAAGUACAACACAUCAGUGGAGGGAUGUCGGAGACUGAUUCCAGCUGUGAGGAACUGCAGAAAAGCUGUACUUUCUGACUGUGGACUCUCAGGUACUCACUGUGAAGUUGUGGCCUCAGCUCUGAAGUCCAACCCCUCCCAUCUGAGAGAGCUGGACCUGAGUCACAACGACCUGGAGGAUUCAGGAGUGAAACUGCUUUCUGCUGGACUGAAGAGUCCAAACUGUAGACUGGAGACUCUGAGAUUGAGUGGCUGCAGUUUGUCAGAGAUCAGCUGUGCUUCUCUGGCCUCAGCUCUGAAGUCCAACCCCUCCCAUCUGAGAGAGCUGGAGCUGAGUGACAACAACCUGCAGGAUUCAGGAGUGAAGGUCCUGUGUGGUUUUCUGGAGAGUCCACACUGUAGACUGGAGACUCUGAGAUUGAGGGGCUGCAGUUUGUCAGAGAUCAGCUGUGCUUCUCUGGCCUCAGCUCUGAAGUCCAACCCCUCCCAUCUGAGAGAGCUGGACCUGAGUGACAACGACCUGAAGGAUUCAGGAGUGAAACUGCUUUUCGCUGGACUGAAGAGUCCAAACUGUAGACUGGAGACUCUGAGAUUGAGGAACUGCAGUUUGUCAGAGAUCAGCUGUGCUUCUCUGGCCUCAGCUCUGAAGUCCAACCCCUCCCAUCUGAGAGAGCUGGAGCUGAGUCACAACUACAACCUGAAGGAUUCAGGAGUGAAGGUCCUGUGUGGUUUUCUGGAGAGUCCACACUGUAGACUGGAGACUCUGAGAUUGAUGAGCUGCAGGUUGUCAGAGAUCAGCUGUGCUUCUCUGGCCUCAGCUCUGAAGUCCAACCCCUCCCAUCUGAGAAAGCUGGAGCUGAGAUACAACAACCUGAAGGAUUCAGAUGUGAAGCAGCUGUCUGAUCUUGUGGAGAGUCCACACUGUAGACUGGAGACUCUGAGAUGGGGGUAUUGAUCUCUAACCACCAUCAUCCCUGUGUGUUCCUCUGGACCUGACAGAGUAUCAUCAGUGUAUCUGGACUCUGUCCUUCUGCACAGUCUCUGCAGUCACACUGAGACUCCUCCACUCCUUCUGCUCCACACUCAACCACCUCCUCCACCUGGACCUGGGUUUCACUUUGUCUUCAUUCAUUCAUAUAUUCUGAACCCAAAGAUGCCUCUGCAGAUCAGUUCUGUUUAUGACAACAGAACUGUAGAUUAACGCAUUUAAAUAGAUGUUUCUGCUUUGCUUUCUGUUGCAGCUCCACCCUGUGGAACGAUGGAGUUCUGCAGUUAAUUUCCACAUACUACUAAAUAUAUAUAUACCAUAUACAAUAUAUAUACCAAUGCCAGCCGUUUUUCAUAUUAUAACAUUAUGCUUGUAACAAACAUAAAGAAGUAGAUAAAACCUGAACCUGAGGCUUCAGUUUCUCAACUAACUACAAACACAUUAUGUCUGGAUUUUGGUGGAAAGUCAGCUCCUUAAUAUUGUCUUUUGUAUGUGAUGUUUGAUGUAAAACAAAACAAAAAAAAUCCUGACUAUCUGAGUUUUUGCUACAAAACAAAUCAUAUUUGUUAGUUUAUUACAGAUGUACGUGUCACCCUGCUAGUUUUCACAUUACAUGGCUCAACACAGACACAUGAAGUCAACCUGUGGAGCUUUUCCCCUCAGAAAUCAAUGUUGAAAUUGCCUCCACAGGCUCCAUUACAGUCCACCAGUCCCAGAAACAAAAGCCAAACACCAAAGUGUUUAUAAUUGCUAAGCAAUAUUGGACUCAUUCCUUAAAUUCUGCACAUUCCAGUGAGCUACAUGAGUGUCCUGCGUCGUUUCUUUAAUGUCAUGCAAAUAAAGAAACUAACACGAACCAA